AUGAAAGGAUUGUCUAAAGAAAAAAGAUAGCUCAUAGAAGAGAAAUCUAAAGCGCUAGCUAAUCUUAAAAUGAAUAAAUUUUCUACUCUGGGAUUAACAAAGGAACAAAUAAAUGAUAAGAAAAACAAAGAAAAUGAAAGAAAAAAGGAGCAUAAAAAGUAAUAAUCUCAACAAACAUAUAAUAUUACACCUCUUAAAUCUAGAAGCAUGUCAUAUAGAGACGAUAGUAUAAGCAGAUUUUCAUCACAGAUAAAAUAAAUCAAUGAUUUAUCUGAAGAAGAACAUUAGAGCGUCAUUUUAAAGUCUGAUUGGAUGAUUCCCAAAGAAAAAAAACCUCAUGGUGAGGAGGAAGAUAUAAAGGUUAGUCCUUUCGUUAAAUACCAUCCAGCUAUUCUUGAAAUGAAGGUCAAAAGUUAGGACAAGAGGGGUUAUUUACUACAAGAGCACUAACGUCUUAAAAAGGCAGAAAAACAGUACUUAGAGAACUUAAAAGAUUCUAGAUAAUUUUCUUUAAAUAACACAUAAAAUCAUUUUAGUACAAACAUGUCAAAGCUUAAUCGUACGUUUAAUUCAAUUACUACUGCAGGAACUGAUAGACGUAAAAUGGCAUCAUCUUUAUAAAAAUAAAGAGAUUAUUAACAUCUAAAAUCUGACUAAGUAAAAGGCUAUACAGUACCUAUAAAAUUCAAUGAAGGUUUUGAUGACUGUUUAAAUAAACUGUAACAAGAUCUUAAAACAUAAAGUCAAAUUAUUGAAGAAGAGAAUAGAAUUUCUAGAUUAAUAGAAAAACAAUAAAAGAAAAAUAAUUAAAAUUACAUUAAUAUUUAGAUCUAAAGUGAUAAGUAAGAAAAUUAGUCAUCAGCAUAGCCAUAAACUAUAAAUUCAAACUUACAAAUACCCUUAAACUAAUUAAGUGUUUAACACUCUCUUUCAGAUGAUGAAAGUAUAUGUAGUACUGAUAAACAUAAAUAAAAGCUAAAUGAGCUACUUUGCUUUUCAGUUUAAAAUAUAGAAUAUAGUGAUUCAAUACAUAAUUAUGGAUAAAAUUUUGGCAAAUACCCAAAAUUCUACUAAUAUCUUUAAUAAAAAAAUUCAAAGGCUUAGUAAGAAAAGGACUUCUAAAAUUUAAAAAUAUAUCACUAGUAGUUUAUAAAAAAAAAUGAUACUAAUAAAAGCUAAAAUCAGUCUCCUGGUAUUUCUCCAACGAUGAAGAAAAAAGGAAUAUUCAGCUAAGAUUAUAAAAAAUUUGGUGAAAGUGUGAAUUUAGAGGAUAUUCCAUCCAUAUCUUAAUUCUUAUAAUAUUAAAAGGCUGAUUAUCAUCACUCAAAUUCUAAAGAUGUAAAUUCUCCUUAGAAAAAUAUGUAUGGGCAUUCAUAGUAGUUUAGUAAAAGCAAUACUAUCUCACCUCAAAAAAUAAAGUCAGAUGAACAAAAAAUAAAAUUUUAACAAGAUAACGAUAAAAUAUUUAAUUUUAAUUCCUAACAUAUCAAUCAAUUCUUAAAAAAAGGCUCUUCUAUUGAGUAAUCUAAUUAAUACUCUAUUGCAAAGUCAAUAGAAGGUAUUCAAUUACAUAAAUCGCCAAAUCAAAAUUUAUAAAGAAAAAAUACAAUUAGAGAGAAUGAAGAAAAAAGCUAGAAAUUUAUGAGUGCUUUUGAUAGAAGAUAUCCAUACAUUCUCAAAAAGCUAAAGCAAAUAUAUAAAGAAGAAAAAACAACUAAGCCAUUUACUAAAAAUUAUGAUGAAGUAUUCCUCUCUAUUUACGAUUCCUUGUCUAGAGCUAAUGACCAUCCUGUUGAAAAUACAAAAUAAAAAAAGAAUAAAUGA